AAUAGAAAUUUGUCAGAGCCGGAGGAAUACGAGCACUGAGUGGAAGGACGGAGGAGGAAGAGGAGCGAGAGCAGAAGGACGAGGAAGAGGAGCGAGAGAGUCACAGCAUGAGUCUACAGGACUGAACUAACACCAAGAAGAAACCCGCCUCACUUUCUACCAACUGGAACCAUUUGGUCCAAGGUUUCCAUGAGUGCUGCGAGUGUCCUCAGGUCCUUCAGUCCCUCAGUGAUGCCCGGCCCUGUGAUGCCCAUGGAUGUGGCCAUGAGGUUCUACAUCAGCCAUUCUCCACCGCCUCUGCACGGCUUCCUCAGCUCCUACGAAGAGCUGCAGCGUGCCAAGAACCGAGUAAAUCAGACCAAGACCACGACCAGUGGGGGGCGCCGCUGUGGCCAGAAAAUCUACAAGCCAUUAAGGCCGUGCCUCAGCAGCCAGCAGAAGGCCGGAGAAGAUGAUCGCAGCAUCGCCUGGAACAACAAGUCAGAGAAGAAGAGGGUGGUGUUUGCUGACUCUAAGGGAAUGUCUCUGACAGCGAUCCAUGUCUUUAACAAGUUUGACGAAGAACCGUACCAGAGGUGGACCAAAAAAGGCGUCGGUCUGGAGGAGCUGCAGUUUGACAUGAGUGACCUGGAAACCGCCACCAUGGAGCUCAAAAUAAGCACAACGAGUGACCUAGCGCUGGACUUCAAGCCGCCAUCCUCUGACUACCUGGACUUCAGGAACCGCCUGAUUCAGAACUCCGUCUGCCUGGAGAACUGCUCCCUGCAGAACCGCACACUAACCGGCACAGUCAAGGUCCGAAACAUUGGCUUCGAAAAGUCAGUGCACGUCCGCGUCACCUUUGACUCGUGGACCAGCUUCACAGACGUGAACUGCACCUUCAUGAACAAUGUCUACGGCUGCCACGACACUGAUACUUUUGCAUUUGUGCUGGAGCUGCCGGCCCACGUCGCACCACAGAACCGCGUAGAGUUCUGUGUCUGCUUCAAGGUCCAAACUCAGACCUUCUGGGACAAUAACGAUGGCAAAAAUUAUGUCCUCAAGCACAUUGGACGCAAUGGCCAAGCCCUGAAAACCCUGAGCAUUCAGCCUGCUGUGGGGCAGAAGAAGAACGAAGACGUCGGUGUCGGCAUGAAGGUCGUGGAAGUAGAGUUUGACCAGUUUGGAAGCCCACGCAUGUGCAGCGGACUGUUCCCAGGCUGGCAGAGCUGGGGUCAGUGCGACACUACUGUACCAUACUGGUGAACGAUUACAGAUAAAGAGACCCAUGGAUUGAGUCUACAACCUGAGAAGCACACAGACCUUUGUGCACAGACACUAACUGUAACUGACCAGAAUUAAGAAAAACACACACAAAAAACGUUAAUGUGCCUUUAAAACUACAGUACAGUCACUUUUUUUGCCACUUCUGUGAAAGCCAUUGUGGUGACGAAGGGACAGCUAAGGUUUUUUAAGUGUUUGUAGGGACACCAGUACUGAGUCUACUGAGAGCACCCCCUGCUGUUCAAACCAGAAACCAGAAACAGAGCCUUGCCCUCAGUGAAAAUAUUGGCUGCCGGCAGGGACACCAGUACAAUAAACACAACGUUAGCCACCUAACAAAACAUACAACAAAUCUAGAUCGUGAUGACACAGAAGCUGCAGGUCAACUGCUGCCUCGUGUGGUCAGUUUGUCACUGAUGUGACAUUAAUUGCUGAAUUUAUAAAACAACUACUACUUUUGAGUUAGGUGCAGUUAACAAUAGCCAUGUGUCAUAACCUUAACUGUCCCUGAACUCACCAGUCUUUCAUCAUCACCCACUGAGGGUCCGAUCGGCAAGACAUAGUGAUGAUAAUGAGGACAACGAUUGUGAUGAUGAAAUCCUUCAUAUUGAAGGGGAAAGUCUGGGUAUAGUCUGUGAUGAAAGAACUCUCUGUUGAUUCACACCUGAUGACUACAGUAGAUGCACGCUCAGCUUCUUUUUGCACCUUCAGAUGAUGAAAAGCAAAUGUGAUGAGUCAUGAUUAGACAUGAUCAAUCAGCUAGCCCUUCCUUUUUUUUUGUUUUCCAGGUAGACGUGAAUUGGCACAUUUGCCUUAUUUUAAUAAUUCAAAGACGUGGCCACUGCUGCGUUGAUACUUGAUUGGUCAAGAGAAAGAGAUUUUUAGUUUUUAAACAGUGCAAUUUUGUGGUGAGUGUAAAGUUAAGUGUGAGUGGAAAUGAGAUUUUUGAAUGAGGAUGAGUUAGCACAAAACUAUAUAUAUUUUUCUGCAAGUCUGUAAAGCUUGUGUUUUUAACUUGAAGGUGUCGUUGAUGAUGAAAUAAAUGUCUAUAUUUGAGCUAAA